UAUGGCUUCGAGCUCCUUACGUUCCGAUGGUUCGGGCUCAUGGACCCCGAAGCAGAACAAGCUGUUCGAGAAGGCGUUGGCGCAGUAUGACAAAGACACGCCGGACCGAUGGCGGAAUGUUGCCAAUGCUGUUGGUGGGAAGACCGUCGAAGAAGUUAAGAGACACUACGAGAUCCUUGUCGAGGAUCUUAAGCGUAUCGAGUCCGGUCGCAUACCGAUCCCGAAUUACAAGUCGAAUGGCGGCGGCGACACCUGCAAUGUUUUGGAGUCUGAACAUGAAGACAAGCAGAGCAGCAGAACAAAGAACAGUGAGGUUGGAUUCGUUUUCAGACCAUUGGAAUUAGAGCUUCGGAUGGUUUUUGUCAACAGUGUUCCAACUUCAAACCCUACUUCUCCAUGA